UUUUUAGUUCCUCUUCCGCAGGAAGCUAUGCAAAGGAGAGUUCUUGCUUCUAAAACUGCAGCAGAGGCAUUGGAGGAGGCCACCACUGCCGAGUCUCUUGUUAGGAAUCUAAGCGUGUUUUCAGAACUUUCCUCUAACUCCAAGCCUGGGAAUCCUUUGCCAACCAUUGACCGAUUUUUAUCCAUUUACGACGAUGUCGUAAAGUACACUGGAAUUGUUGAAACUGUUGCAGCUGGUUACAGAUCCGGCAUCGAAGAACACUCGAAAUCAUCUUCUCUAUGGGUUGAAGCUGCAGUGACAACUGAUCUUGAAAUAGUCUCCCUUCUAACCCCUCAAAACAAUGAAUCUCUAUCAGCUUUACAAAUAAACCUGUCUCAGCAUGCUUCACCCAAAAACCAACUCAAAACCAGUUCAAUCCCACAGCUGCAGCAAAAUAAUAAUGCUGCAAUGCGGACUAGAGGUGACGGGAUGAAAGAGACAAUGCACUUUGCAAUGAACUUGAAAGUUGAGAUGCAAAUGUGGUUUAUUGGUUUCAUCGAAGAGUCCUUGAAAGCAUUAGUAUUAGAUUGUGGUUCCAUUGCAGCGGUUUUAUCACAAUUGAAACGGGUCAAUGAUUGGUUAAACCGGGCGGUUUUGAAAGGGGAUGAGGUAUUGGUUCACAUGGUUGAGAAAUUGAAGAGGAAAAUCUAUGGGUUUGUUAUGCAGCAUGUGGGUAGCACCUUUGAUAAUUCCUCACAUUUAUCCUCAUAUUGAAUAUUAUUAGUCUAUUUAUUUGUUUUAAGUUAUUUGGUUUCUGAAUAAAAAGUAAUGCAAAUAGCAUGGUUUUGGUAUAUCAAAAUUCAUUUUGUCGGUGCUUUUUGAAAUUUGGUUA